AUGAUGAAAUUGAAGACCAAAACGACAGAGCUGUCACCGAUGAAGGGUAGUUCCGCCGUCGGUGACAACCGACCGCUGGAUUGGGAAUUGCGGCCAGGGGGAAUGCUUGUUCAGAAGAGAACCCCUGAUUCCGACAAGGAAUCAACUCCGGCGCCGACGAUUAGAGUUAAAGUCAAAUACAACUCUACAUACCACGAAAUUAGUAUCAGUUCUCAAGCUACAUUUGGGGAAUUGAAGAAGAUGUUGGUAGGACCUACUGGAUUACACCAUCAAGAUCAGAAGCUGUUGUUCAAAAAGAGAGAGAGAGAUUCAAAGGCGUUUCUGGACAGUUGUGGGGUAAAAAACAAAUCCAAGAUUGUUUUAAUGGAAGACCCAAUUAGCCAAGAAAGAAGGUACCUUGAGAUGAGGAAGAAUGCUAAAAUGGAGAGAGCUUCGAAAUGUAUAUCAGAAAUCAGUCUGGAAGUUGAUAGACUUGCAGGACAGGUUUCUGCUUUGGAAUCUGUGGUUUGUAAAGGUGGGAAGGUUGCUGAGAAUGAUGUGCUGAAUUUGAUUGAUUUGUUAAUGAAUGAAUUGCUUAAAUUGGAUGCUAUCAUGGGAGAUGGAGAUGUGAAGUUGCAAAGGAAAAUGCAGGUAAAAAGAGUGCAAAAAUAUGUUGAAACUCUUGAUUUGUUGAAGAUGAAAAACUCCAUGGCUACAAUUCAAACACAAACUCAACUCCAAUGCAACAACAACACCAACAAUUCUAAUCAUCAAAGACAAACAACUAGACCUUCCUUUGCAAACACCAAACUAUCAACAAUUCAAGAGGAGCAGCCACGCGAUCUUGCCCUCAUCGACAACUUGCUACUAUGUCAACAAUCUCCACAGCAUUCGACGAAGUCAACGACAUCAUCGGCUACUGUAGUCACAACAAAAUGGGAGAUAUUUGAUUCUUCCCCAUCAAUCGCACCCGCCGAGCAUCCUGUCCCACCGAGGUUCAACUGGGAAUUCUUCGAGUGAGAGGCAUAUACAUUUUGUGAGGAUGUGUGAUUUGAAUUCAGAUUUAGCUGGUCUGGCCCCUUAUUAUAUCAAUCAAUGUGAGCCCUUUCAUUCUUUACUGUAUUUAGAUGGAAAUUUAGACACACCCCUCCCCCCCUUUUGAGGAAAUAAAUGGGGUUACUUUACUACAAUAUUGAUCAUCAAA